AGAGGAGAAAGCACUUUGCACCAUAGGCAGAUAGCAAGAGACAGGGCGAGAGGAGGAAGGCAGGAACGGAGAGAGGGAGGGGGGAAGAGAGGGAGGAGGAAGGGAGUAAGGAACAGAAAGUUUGUAUGUCCAUAAACCUUUUUUAACAAAAGUGUUGCAGCACCUGGUAGCUAGCUUUACUGACACAGGAGCGGGAGGUCUGUUCAGUGCUUAAAUAGCUGAGAAACAAUGGGAUAGCGCUGGAAAGUUAACAAUUAACAAUCUCAGCUUAAAUUUGGUAUCUGCAGGGAGCUGGAAGCACAGCUGCCUCUCUCUUCAGCAAAAUCAGGAGGUCUCCUAGUUAAGGGAAGAACUUCUGUUAACAUCUUAGUUUCUGAAAAUUAAGCAACUUUGAGUUGAAUGAGUAUCGUGCAGUUAUGGCUUUAACCAGCCUGCUCAUAUUUAACCAUCUCUGCUCAUUUUGAGGAGUGAGACAGAGAGAGGCUAAUGAGGCUUUUAACAAGCUUUUUACUUUGCUUCUAUAAAUGAGAGAACGGGGCAAAACAGGGAGCUGAAUUCAUCCGGCAGAAGAGAAGCAGCAAGGAAGAUGGGUCUGUUAAGUGUGGAUUUGCUGAUCACGCUUCAGAUCUUGCCGGUCUUUUUCUCCAAUUGCCUCUUCCUUGCGCUGUAUGACUCUGUGAUCCUCCUGAAGCACAUGGUGCUGUUUCUGAGCCGCUCUAAGUCUGCGCGCGGUGAGUGGCGGAGGAUGCUGACCUCGGAGGGGCUGCGCUGCGUCUGGAACAGCUUCCUCCUGGACGCCUACAAGCAGGUCAAACUUGGAGGAGAAGCUCCAAACUCCAGUGUAAUCCACAUAGCCAAUGGCAAUGACGGCAGCGGUAGCAGCUGGAAGAGUGUUGGUGGUAAGUGUGGGACCAAGUGCCAUCUUCUGGAUUUUGCCAACUCUGAGCGGCCACUGGUUGUUAAUUUCGGCUCAGCUACUUGACCACCGUUCACAAGCCAGCUGUCUGCCUUCAGCAAGCUGGUGGAAGAGUUCUCUGGUGUGGCUGACUUUCUGUUGGUCUACAUCGAUGAGGCUCACCCAUCAGAUGGCUGGGCUGCUCCUGGUAUCUCCCCCUCUUCCUUUGAAGUUAAGAAGCACAGGAAUCAGGAAGAUCGAUGUGCAGCUGCUUACCAACUCCUGGAACGCUUCUCCUUGCCACCUCAGUGUCAAGUGGUGGCUGACUGCAUGGACAACAAUGCUAAUGUGGCCUAUGGUGUUUCAUUUGAGCGAGUAUGCAUUGUGCAGAGACAAAAAAUCGCCUACCUGGGAGGUAAAGGCCCCUUUUUCUACAAUCUUCAGGAGGUUCGUCUUUGGUUGGAGCAAAACUUCAGCAAAAGAUGAAAUCCAUUCUCUACAGAAGAUAUGUCAACAGAUGUGUCCCUUUAUGGUGAUGUAAAAGGGAAUUAAGAAAAUAUAUGCUGGCUUGAAUAAGGCCUUUAGAUGAUUGCAGGAGAACACAAUUGAUAACAAGGUUGAACUAGGAAAAGAAAAUGAUGAACCAACUCACAUAACCAUUAUUGUAAGAAAAGAAUCCCACUCCUGCACUCCCUAUGGGACAGAAAAGGUGAAGAGGCUCUGGAGGAAACGUGUUGCUGGUGUGCAGGAAGAGAGAUGAGGUAAGAUUUGUCUCCUGGAGGAACCCAUCUUGUGAAACAUCGAUGCUGGGGUGAACUGGAAGCCUUGCUGCCUGGAAGACAGUCUGUGGAAAGGAAAUGCUAUGCAUUUCAUCAAUAGCAUUUCUUCACUUUCCUGUGGCCAAUGCAAGCAAUUUUGAAGGAUCCAGGGUCUUGCAAUGACUUUGCAUAGAAAUGCAGUCGAGUGUGGCAUUCCUCUCUUGGUAAAGAUUUUCUUGUUUAGAGACUACGUGAACCAUCAUGCAAUGCAUUGUGCAUGCACAUGAUCAAGAUGAAACAUUGUAUGUGUAUGUUGGUAUUUGUACUCUCUAUGGACAUCUCUGCACAGCAUAUUAAUGAUGCAAUUCUAUCUAUAUGUUUGCAUCCAAUAGGUAGGCCUAUGCCUGCUGAGAGAGAUAUUAAAAUCUUUGAAGUUGUACCAAAAAGAGAAAGAUGAUCAACUAAGCCCAUUAUGAUCCACGUUGAAAACUAAAAACUUGGACUAUUUGUAGCAAGACAGCAAGAGCCAUCUAGUAUUGGUAUCAUGAGACAAAACUCCGUUGAUGCCAUCUCCUGGUUCUAAGAGCUGGCAGCAGCAUACAUUUAUCAAUAUUCUCUCAUUCUCUCUCUUUCUGUUCUCCCUUGAACUCUUUCUGUCUAGAACUAAAUUUAAAGGUUGCUUCAUUUUUAGAUUUUUUAAAAAUAACUUAUUUCUCUCUUUUUUUGUUGUUGUUUUGUUUUGUUUUGUUUUAAUUUUAGUUUUAUUUUUAUUUGAGUUAAUGACCACACAGAUGCAUUUUGGGGAUGGGGAAUCUUUUAUACAACAUACUUUACCUCACUGAAAUGAAAAACUAUCUGUCCCUUAACCUGUUAAAUGUAGUCAACCUGAUUUUUGCUGUAGUAGAUACUUGCAAUUAGUUUAUAGCUAGAUUAGUUUAGCUGAAAGUUAAGUAGUUUGCAACCUCAAAAUUAAUGAGCUGCUCUUCUGCUCUUGGAUGAGACAGUAGUCUGUGUUUGUUUCACUAGUGCUCUCAAGUCUCUUCUCAGAAAAACAAGGAGGACAAACAGUGUGAAUAAACGUGAGUAAGUGUGAAAGAUGGCAGAAUUUUCAUAGGAAUGGGUUUGAGGAAUAUUUUAAUUAUGUUUUAAGAGACGAUGUCAAUUUAGAGUAGACAUUAAAUUUACGUAUAUUAAAAACUAAAAUUUUCAUUAAGCCUGAUAAAAGGACAUGUUUACAAUUAGCUAACCUGUUAGAGCUUAGACAUGAAAGCUCAUAAGAGGAGACAGACUAUCAAGUAUUUUCUCAGCUUUGACAUAAACAUGAAACAGGUAAACAGGGUAAAUAUCAAAUUAGUUCCUUUAAUUUCUCAACCUGCCAAUUAUCAGGAAGAUGAUGUAUUAGUACUAACAUAUGAAAAAACAAAAAAUGCAUAAAUAUUUUAAUUUUUAGAAUGUCUCUUUAAUGUUGUGUAUUUCUUUUUGCUUGGUUUUCGGUCAAGUUAGCCAAUUAAGAAGGCCUUUAGAAAUGUAUUUUCAAGUACAGAUCUAAAAUAAUGACAGUAACAUGAGUGAGUUCUACUGUUUUCUGGUUCAAACUUCCCUUUCUUAUAUUUUCUUCUGGAGACCAUUGAAGUUAAACGUGCUUAUACGACCUGGCAAAGUGUAUCAGAAGAAGGGUAUACAGAAUGCUCUUCAGGCCUUCUGGUGAGCCUAGUUUCUCAGAAAGAGUAUGUGUGUGUUUAUGUAUACAUGUAUGUAUGCACAUAAAUAUGCAUUGUAUGUUUGUAUGUAUGCAUAUGUAUGUAUAUGUAUACAGGUGGUAUAAGUGGUGUCUAAGGCCAGUAAUAACAAUCAUACUGUCCUUCCAUUCAUUAAUGUUACUGUAACUUAUUUCUCAGCGUGAGAGAUUGUUAUUCGUCCUCACGCCUAAAUGUGGUAUAUCACUGAACUUUUAAAAUCUAAUAUUAUAAAAGUAGUGACAUAGCCAAACUCCUUGAUUUAUUGAAUCUAGUGUCCUGCCUCUGACUGUAUUAGAUGCUUCAGGUGAAGGUGCAAUAAUUUCUUCUGGAAUUUUUGUUAUUUUCAGAUGUUAUUGGUUUUGUCAUAUCUAAUGUGAUCACUGAUGUCUCCUUAUCUCUAGGAGAUAGGCUAAUCCAGAAUUAUGAGACCUAGCUAUUUCUCGAAGUAGGUAUUCUAAAAUCAAACCUCAUUUUAAGAUUUGAAUUAGCUGCUCAGAAGUCAUUCUUAUCUCCUGCUCUUGUAUGUUAGAAAGGUAUAAAAACAAUGAUCCCAAGUUUUCUUUUAUAUGUCAGUGCUUACAUUCUUCACAUAGAAAUUUACAUAUUGUUUUACAUUUGGCUUAUUUUUUCUUAAGCCACAUAGUAAGUCACACUCUUGUAUAGGUUCAUAUUCUUUGCCUUUUUCUGAAUCUUCUGUUUUUGCUACACUGUUCUUUUACUCAGGUGGAUAGAGCUGCGGAUAUUAGUCCAAGUGAAAGCAUGCAUUGGUGUACCCAGCACAUCAUCUUUUCCUUAUUAUAUUCUUAGUUAUCUGAAACUUCAUAAAUCUCCAUAUCCUUUGUAAAACUCGAAGUAGCAAGUCUUUUCUUUCUGUCUUCUCUUCCUCAUCAUAUAGAUGAAAUCUCAACUGUUUAUGUGGGAAAUGGUUAGCACAGCCGUUAAAACAUACCUUUAGCUUGGAGAAGGGAGUCUGACUUAGUUAUUCAAUUAGUUAAUACCUCUUUGCAUACCUAAAGUUCCAUUUAAUUUUCAAGUCCAUUUUCUUUUCCUUUUGGAUUUCUGUUAUUUUGCCUUAGUGCAGCAUCUUGCUAUUCAUAGAUGCCUGUUGAUCACACAGUAUAAAAGAAUUAUGAAAUUGGCUGCUCUAAAUGGGAAAUCCACAAGGAUUUUCCACAAGAAAAAAUACACAAUAACUUAAUUUCUUUCUUGGCAACAUGAAUGCUUUACUCAGCCCAAAACUUAAAGAUGGUUAAGCCUCAAUGAAUAUCAAGACAGAAAUACGUUUUGUAAAUGCUUAAACUUCCCCAGAAAAUUUGCAGUCAGUAAGCAAGGGAAAUAUUUCAAAAAGAAAUAGGCUUAGAGUAAAAAAUAUGUUCUGUAUGUGUAUGAUAGACGCACAAGGUCUUCAACUUUUUCUUGGCAAGAUUGAAAUAUCUUUUAGGAAAGGUUUGAAAUUAAGCUUUAUACAUUUUCAGUAGUUGAUGAAAGAAGAGGAGGCAUAUCAGAUACAUGAAAUUGUCAGGUAACUGUGGGCUAUUUUGUAUCCAGGCAGAAAGUUUGCUACCUUGUUAGUAUCCUGUUUCAUCAUUAGUCUAGUCUACUGUGAGGUUGGAUUUACUUCUAUCUCUUACUCUCACUAUUUGAGGGCGCUAAACCACAUUACUCACGGUGCUUCAGUAUGACGUACUUAUUGAGCAAUCGCUUGCCAAAUAGGUGCCUGAAAGUAUUCUGGAAGACUAGCGUUUGUAAUAGAGGCUCUAAUAAUGUGCCUCGAUAUUAGUAUGGGAAUCUUCCAGUACUUUUUCUUUUUGAGCAAGGUAAAUAAGCCAUUCUGGACUAUCGUUCUACGUUGUUCUGUGCUUAGCAUCAUUACUUAGCACUGUAUAAAAUGAAUGUAAAACAUUUUGUACAGAAAACAGUAGCAUUUUGCUGUUGCUUGUGUAGACAAUGACAUAAAUUUAAGGCAGCAGGAAAGAUGUCCUGUCCUUUAAAAAGAAGGAAAGAUAUUCCAAAACAUGUUGUUAAACAACUGUCUGAACACUUAGAAAAUGCUACCAUUUGUAUGAAGGUGAUCUUGGUGGGAAAACCCUUAAAGCUUCUCAGAAAGAUAUCAGUGAUUCACUGAGGUGUGCAGGGAUGGAGGUUAUGUUUCUGUAUGUGUGAAAGUGGCUUUUCUGUGAUGUGGAGUAUAGGUUUAAUGGUUCAGACUUUCAUUCACUAUAACCAAAGCAAUAAGAGAUAUCAGGUAGGGAAUACUGGCCAGUUUUGUUCAAUUCUACACCAUGUCAGUGCUGGAUCCAUGUUCAGUUACCUAUGGACCCAAUGCAGAGACUUCAAAGAAGAGAGACUGGGGUGAAACCUGAAUGCUUGUGUGUUUAUGAAGAGCACUAACAAAAGAGUAAUUGACUCAGUUGGUGUUCAGAUGCUCUCACACUGGCAUUCCUCUGUGCACCUUGGUGUCUGUGUGUUUGAAAGGAGGGGAGUCUCUUUAGGGCCAUUAACAACAUUUCUGAGGUGUAGAUGCCUGUGUGUACUGAUUAUAAGUGUCAUUGUUUAAAUGUCAAAAAUACACUUUAUAGGAGAACCAGCAAAAUUUUGUUACAGUAUGGUGCUCCGUGAAAUGUUUUCUUUGAUUUCUUUUAUUUUUUUUCUCAUAUUAUAAUAAACUAUAA